GGUUUGGCCUGGCUGGAGCGCUUUCUCCCAGGAGGGAGCGCGCGCUGCUGGGGACCCGGGCAGGCCUCCGGUGGUGGGCGGGGCCGCGCCUGCGCAGUCCGCCGGCUGCGGCCCGGCGUGAGUGGUGGGGUUACUCCUUGGCACCCUGUUUGGUACGACGAAGCUGCAGGUGGCCGGUUUGUUGCCCCUUGAAGGGUCCCGACCACGCCCCAGUGCAGCCAGUGCUGUAGAAAUGGGAAGGCGGACGGUGAAGGCUCUUCUAGCCGGGGCGGAUUGAAGCAGGACGCCUGGCGGCUUCUGGGGUGGGGCUUUUGAUGAUGGGACCUAGGGUUAGCGCUCUCCCAGGGGGAACUGGGCGGGGCCCAGCCUGAAUGCUCUCUGGGGCCGUACUACCCUCUGCAGGGCUUCGGAGGAACUGCCCAGAGGGGUCUCGGCUGAGGAGCGGAGCUCGGUGUAGAUAAACAGUUCUCGAGGGACCUCUCCACCUGGAUGCCCCUCAGCGCUCCUCCUCUCAAGAGAACUAAACCCGUGAAUCUAGUUAAUAUGGAGGAACUGGAGCAAGGGCUGCUGCUGCAGCCGUGGGCAUGGCUACAGCUUGCUGAGAACUUCCUCUUGGCCAAGGUUUUCAUCACCAACCAGGGCUAUGCCUUGUUGGUUUCAGAUCUUCAACAGGUGUGGCAUGAACAGGUGGACACUAGUGUGGUCAGCCAGCGAGCCAAGGAGCUGAACAAGCGGCUGACUGCCCCUCCUGCAGCUUUCCUCUGUCAUUUGGAUAAUCUGCUUCGCCCAUUGUUGAAGGAUGCUGCUCACCCUAGCGAAGCUACCUUCUCCUGUGAUCAUGUGGCAGACACACUGAUUUUACGGGUGCGGAGUGAGCUCUCUGGCCUCCCCUUCUGUUGGAAUUUCCACUGCAUCCUAGCUAGUCCUUCCCUGGUCUCCCAACAUUUGAUUCGUCCUCUGAUGGGUAUGAGUCUGUCAUUGCAGUGCCAAGUGAGAGAACUAGCAACAUUGCUUCAUAUGAAAGACCUAGAGAUCCAAGACUACCAGGAGAGUGGGGCUACGCUGAGCCGAGAUCGAUUGAAGACAGAACCAUUUGAAGAAAACUCCUUCUUGGAACAAUUUAUGGUAGAGAAACUGCCAGAGGCAUGCAGCAUUGGUGAUGGAAGGCCCUUUGUCAUGAAUCUUCAGAGUCUGUACAUGGCAGUCGCCAAACGAGAGGUCCAAGUGGGACAGAAGCAUCAGGGAGCUAGUGAGCACUCCAGAGGAGAUCCUCAGACCUCAAAGAGUACUUCCCUGGAAGGAUUUGACAGCCAGUGUCAAAAUCAGCCAGAAGAACUGGUCUCUUCAGCCCCAACCCUCUCAGCGCCUGAGAAAGAGUCCUCGGGUACUUCAGGCCCUCUGCAGAGACCUCCGCUGUCAAAGGUCAAGAGGAAGAAACCAAGGGGGCUCUUCAGUUAACCUGUUGUGGCCCAGCUGCUAAGGAUGGACUUGGAGAAUAGCUUCCAAGCUUCACCUUGAAAGGAGCUUGCAUGGCAGCAAUACCUCUACAACAGUGAUACAGUCAGGGGCCUACUGUAAGGGCGAGAGAACUGGGAAUUGGCCUUUGCCAUUCAAGUGGAAGCCAGUCUCAGAAUCCCGUGCUUGCCUCUCUUUUGGUGGAGGUUCUGUAGAUUCAGGUUUCUACCAUGGACUUUAGGUGUAUAGUGCAAGUCAGAAAGAAAGCAUAACAUACUCAGGAAGCCUUGUCUACCUUUCCCUAGAGUCUCUAGUCAGCCAGCCGUAGAUGCUCCUCAGAGACCCACUUCUCUCUUUUGUAUGGAAUAAAAAGCAUUCACACUCCCCUGCUUUUGG